UUUUAUUGCUGGGCAGCUCACACACCCAGCGAUCAUUUGGCUUGUUCGGGUCCACAGUUUCUCAUCUGACACAAGUGAAGAGCAGAAGGAGGAGAAAUACCAGGAUUUUAAAACAUUUUUGAAGAUGUCUCGGUACCACAAGGCAGCAGCUGAUGGCAACGUAGAUCUGUUGAAGGAGGCCACAAGGAAGCACCUGAACACGGCUGAUGACGAUGGCAUGACUCCCACCCUGCUGGCUGCUUUUCACGGACACGUCGAUGCUCUUCAACUCAUAUGCAGCAGAGAAGGAGAUCCCAACAAGAGUGACAUAUGGGGAAAUACGCCGCUACACCACGCAUCUGCUAACGGCCACAUGCACAUCAUCAGCUUUCUGGUGAACUUUGGAGCCAAUCUUUUUGCCCUGGACAAUGAUUUCCACACACCUAUGGACGUUGCUGCGUCUCGAGGCCAUAUGGACUGUGUGCGAUUUCUGGAUGACGCCGCCUCACAACAAACCAACCAAAACCCUAAAAAGGUCGCCAACGUCAAGAAGGAAGCCCAGAAAGAGGCAGAGAGACGAGUGAAACUGUAUGAGAAGGUGAAGAAAAAGCACCAAAACAAGAUGGAUAGAAUGAGCCGCGGAGGAAGCGUGAAUGGGUCGGUUUCUGAGGCGAGCAUGGGAUCAGGUUUCUCAGAUGAUGGCACAAUGAGAAGUGAGCAAUUCUCCAAGCUUAUUGCUGCAGACAAAUCAGGCUCUGUUACAGCUAGAGUUAAAGGCACUCUCCAGAAGAUGGGAAAGAAAGAGAAGGGUACACUGCAGAGAUCAGGAGGAGAUGGGAAUGUUAUCUUCCGUAGGCAGGAGAAUGAAUCCUCUGACAAACCAGAGUUUCUGGAUGUCUUUGAAGAACAAGAUGAGAGUGAUCCAGUCAGCGGAGCGAUGGAGGGAUAUGAAGAUGAUGACUCCAGAGACGAGCCAAGCGAAGUCAAACAAUCCAUCUUUAACCGACCUGGCUUUGGAGGCCUGAUUUUUAUGAAGAAGAUGAACAUGGAGACAGAAGAUGUUGUUCCCACAGGGAAUAAUGAAAGUCUUGGUUACCUCGUUGAGAACCAGUUGUUUGAGGCAGAUGAGGACGCAGCUGGCUUUGAGGAGGCUGGUGAUGGUGACCUUCCUUGGGAUCAAGAAGAUCUGGGACUGGAUGAUGACGAAGAUGAGGAAAUGUCUCCUUUGGCGGUCUUCUUGUCUACCAUCUCCUUGCCAGAAUUUGCCCCCGCUUUCAAAAGAGAGCACUUGGACUUGGAGGCGCUCAUUCUUUGCUCUGAUGAUGACCUGAAAGGCAUUCGCAUCCAGUUGGGACCCAGGAAGAAGAUCUUGGAAGCUGUUGCUCGCAGAACAAAGGCAAUGGAAAACCCUGGCGCCAUAAAGGACAGCAGCUUGUGAUCUACAUAUCCAUCAUAUUAAAAUUGUGUUGUUGCAGAUUAAAAUGAAACUGAACAUUUUGUAGAGUUUGAUUUUCUGUAUUGUACUGAAGAUGAUUCUUUAAACUCUUCCCAUAAACACUUUUUAUUUUGAAAGCUAUGAAGCAUAGUGUACAGUCUACAUUUAUACAUAACAACCAGUGUGAGUCUUAGUUAAAUUCUCUAUAGACAAAAAUGUAUUUUGAUGAGUAGCAGGACAUUGCAGAUUCAUAGAUGAGAUGUACUAAUUCAGAAUUGCCAGGGAUUUAACUUAAAUGUUUGAGGUGCACUCAGUAAUAAAUCAUUUGACUAUUUUGAUCAUUUUAUCAAUAAACUACAUGUAUAUUCAAACAAUAUGUCU